UUGGGUCCCACAAGACACAACUAAUAAUAGGCGUGCCUCGCCCAUAAUUUUCCUAACAAAGUAUACCUGCUGUAAACUGCGGAGAUGGAAGGAGCCAGUGGCGACGAAAGCGGCGCCAUAUUUUCUGAACUCAAACAUUACUGCAUUGAAUUACUGGAGCUUCACCAAAACCCUACGAAAAACCACUCAACCCUCUCUCGCCUUCUUCAAUUUCUUCGCCGCUCUUCUCCUGAUGUUCUUCAGUCCUUCUUCGACUAUACAUUGUUUCCUUUGCUGCUACUGCUGGAUGCUGCUGUUGAUAGCAGAUCAUCACCCAAGGUUGAUUCUAAUGAAAGAUUUAUGAGGCCUAAUGCAUUGAGUGAUAUCGUGAUGGAAGGUGCUCUUCAUUGUCUUGAGGAACUUCUGAAGAAGUGUUAUUUAGGGUCUGUGGAUCAGUUCAUUGUAUUAACGAAGAAAUUGACUCGGGGGGCAUUGCUUUCUCCUAUGGAGGCUUCAGAAGAGUUCCGUGAAGGAGUUAUAAGGUGUUUCAAAGCCCUGUUGCUUAAUAUGCAUUGCUGUUCCAGUGAUUCCUGUCCAUGCAAACAAACAAGUGGGUGGCCUUUGCUUCUGGAAACAAAAAGUUUGCACUCCCCACCAGUUUCAAAACUUAAAUUCAAGGAAGAAGAGUGUUUAGUUGCAUUUCUACAGUCUGAAACUGCUUCAGUUGCUGUUGGACAUUGGCUGUCACUCCUGCUGAAGGUAGCAGAUGUUGAGGCAGCACGAGGGCAACAAGGCAGUGCAAGCCUUCGGAUAGAAGCCUUUUCCACUCUGAGAAUACUUGUUGCUAAGGCUGGCACUGCAGAUGCUUUAGCUUUCUUUUUGCCUGGGUUUGUUAGUCAAAUUGGCAAAGUUUUGCAUAUUUCAAGGACGUUCAUUAGUGGGGCUGCUGGGAGUGCAGAAGCUUUGGACCAAGCGAUUAGAAGCUUGGCUGAAUUUCUUAUGAUAGUUCUCGAGGACAAUUUAGUCUUGCCUUUUCUUUGUCUGCCUCUUGAUGAUGUCAAGAAAGAGAAAUCAUCACUGUCAUUUCUGGAGGCACUUCGUCAGUUGCCCUCUACUAUGCAUGAUCAAAAUUUGAGUGUGGUUGUUGACAAGGGCUCCAUUGUACUUAGCUCCACAGAGGGGGAAAGUGUUAGUCCUAGAAACAUGACUGGAUCAUUGCGAGUAAUUCGUGCAAAAGACUGGAUUGUUGAUACCUCGUCCCAUGUUGAUAAGCUGUUAUGUGCAACUUAUCCCCACCUUUGCAUGCAUCCAAGCAGAAAAGUAAGACGAGGACUCUUGGCGGCAAUACAGGGUCUCUUAUCAAAAACUAGUUGUGUGUUGAAGGGAAGCAGAUUGAUGCUUUUGGAAAGUCUAUGUGUUUUGGCAUGUGAUGACUCCGAGGAGGUGUCCUCAGCGUCGCAGUUGUUCUUUGGACACCUGCUCUCAUCACAUGAGAAGCUUCACAUAAAACAUGAUGUUUCAGAGAUUUUUAGCAGGCUUGUUGAAAAGCUUCCAAAGGUGGUCCUUGGAACUGAUGAAUUAUAUGCAAUUGCACAUUCCCAGAAACUGCUAGCACUGAUCUAUAUUUCAGGGCCACAACUCGUGGCAGACUACCUCCUUCAGUCUCCUGUGAGGAUUGCUCAGUUCUUGGAUGUUUUAGCCCUCUGUCUGAGUCAAAAUUCAGUUUUUUCUGGUUCCCUCAAGAAGAAUGUUGUCGCAAAGCGUUCCUCAUCAGGGUUCAUGCAUUCCAUAGCAGAGAUAAGAGCUGUUAGAGCUGCUGACUCUGAAAAUCUGGGAAAUAGAGAGAAUCAAAAUAGGAAAGUACAUGCCACAGAAAGUAUAACGGAUGAGCAUCAGCUGCCACGCAUGCCGCCUUGGUUUGUUUAUGUUGGCAGCCAGAAACUGUACCAUUCUGUAGCUGGGAUCCUUCGACUUGUAGGUUUAUCUUUAUUUGCAGACUCUCGAAGUGAAGGUCCUCUUUCUGUUAUAAUUGACCUGCCGUUGGAGAACCUACGGAAGUUGGUGUCUGAAAUACGGAUGAAGGAAUACAGUGAAGAAAGUUGGCAAUCUUGGUACAGCAGGAUUACUUCAGGACAAUUAGUACGGCAGGCCAGUGCAGCUGUGUGUAUCCUGAAUGAGUUGAUAUUUGGUUUGUCAGAUCAAGCAAUUGAUGAAUUUACCAGAAUGUUUAGAGAAUAUGUAACGGCACCGCAAGAAAAUAAAAAAUGUCAAGAAGAUGCUAGUCAAUAUUGGAAAAUUGAGCAAUCUACAACAAAGGGAUCUGUAUGGAAGAUUUGCCAAGCCAAGGGAGAAAGGAGUCAUCUAGUUGACUGCAUUGGCAAUAUAUUACAUGAAUACCUAUCCCCUGAAAUAUGGAAUCUGCCCGUUGAGCAUACAACUUCAUUACAACAAUAUGAUUGUGAGGAUGCAAACAUUAGCUCACACUUCUUUAAUGACAACGUGAUGUUGCACCAGGUUAUUAUUGAUGGAAUUGGCAUCUUUUCUAUGUGCAUUGGGAGAGAUUUUUCUUCAUCAGGAUUUCUUCAUUCAUCUCUUUAUAUGUUGCUUCACAAUCUUAUUUGCUCUCACUUCCAAAUUAGAAGGGCAUCUGAUGCUGUGUUACACAUUAUUGCCGUGAUGCAUGACUAUCCAACAGUUGGACACUUGGUUAUAGCAAAUUCAGACUAUAUAGUUGAUUCAUUAUGUAGGCAGCUGCGCUCUCUAGAGCUUAAUCCGGAUGUACCAAAUGUUCUUGCUGCCAUGCUUUCGUACAUAGGAGUGGCUCACAGUAUAUUGCCUUUAUUGGAAGAGCCAAUGCGUGCUGUUUCCAUGGAGCUUGAACUUCUUGGCAGGCAUCAACACCCUGACUUGACCAUUCCCUUCUUGAAGGCAAUGGCAGAAAUAGUUAAGGCAUCAAAGCAGGAGGCUAGUGCUUUGCUGGAUCAAGCAAAAUCAUAUUGUGAGGAUGUCGAAUCUAGAAAGCUGAACCUGGAGAAGAGGAAAGAAAAGCUUUUUGAUGAUUCAGGUUCAUAUAGUGAUGAAAAUGUUGACAAGGGGUCGUCUGAAUCUGGACAAAUCUCUAUUUUUGGAGGUGUUGUGAUCAUACCAGAACCACCACGAGACUUGGACCACCGGGCAAGCAAAACCCAGUCAGCUUUGCCACCACUAGCUAUCUCACGCACUGGUUGGAGUUGUCUAAUUCCGGUAGACAGAUCUGAUCUUUUCUAGAUUCCACAAGACAAACGGUCCAGUUGAUUUCUUUUCCAGAUUCCAGUCAACUAUUUGCUUCCAGCUUCCAGCAAAUUGCGGAAUUUCCAGAUUCCGGCGACUUUCUGUUUUCGAGAUUCCAGCCAGAACUGAGUUUUCCAGCGACUGUUUCUUUUUUCCAUAUUUCGGCAACUGUUUGCUUCCAGCUUCCUGCAAAUUGCAGAAUUUUCAGAUUUGGUAACAUCUACAUUUUGUCCCUCACUUCAUCUAUUUUUAGUUCUAAACAUGUGGUUUCAAGUAACCCCAACCUCUCCAUCACCACAGAACCCUUGAUAGGUAGUGCGAACUACUUAUCUUGGUCUUCCUCGGCUCAGCUAUGGUGCAAGGAACAAGGGGUUCAGGACCACUUGGUUAAACAAGCUAAGAAUGUUGAUAAAAAAGAUAAGGAUGAAUGCGAGAAGAUUGAUGCUCAAUUGUGUAGUCUAUUAAGGAAAUCUAUUGGUUCGAAGUUGAUGCCGCUGUUCCGACCAUUCCAAACUUGCUUCUUGGUUUGGAAAAAGACUUGUGGGCUAUACGCAAAAGACAUCUCUUGUUUUUAUGAUGUUGUUUCUCGGUUGACUAAUCUUAAAAAAACAGGAUUCGGAUAUGCCUACGUAUCUUGGAUAGGUUCAGGCAGUUAUGGAAGAGUUCAUGGAGUUGAUGCCCGCUACUUCAAGUGUUGAAAAACAAAUGGAGUUGAUGCCCGCUACUUCAAGUGUUGAAAAACAAUUGGAGCAACAUGCGAAGAUGUUUUUAGUUGUUACACUUGUUGGACUUCCAUCUGAUCGUGACUCGGUGUGAGAUCAAAUUUUGGCUAGCCUCGUUCCUGCUAUGGAUGACCUAUUCUCUUGAUUGUUGUGACAAGCUACACCACUUAAGUCUAGUCAUCCGGUGAUAUCUACCGUCUUCUGUUCUAGGAUCACAAACUAUGGAGUCCGCUCUAGGAAACCUUGGCCAAGGUGUGGCUAUCGUAGCAAAUUGGGUCAUACCUGUGAUAUGUGUAACUCUCUCCAUGAUAAACCAACGAAUGCUUAUGUUGCUUAGAUUGAAAGUAAUCCAACAAAUUAACUUUUCUCUUUAUCUGAUGUACAAUACAAUGGUUUUCUUUAGUAUCAGGCGAGUAAGCAGACAUCUCUAUCAAUAGCUUCCACUGCUCAGACUGGUAACCAUGUUGCUUAUAUGUGACAGUCCAUGGCCCAGGGCCAUGGACUCGGGCGCUUUUGACCACAUUUAUAGUAAUAAAUCUUUAUUGACUAAUAUCAAUUACUCUCGAUCCCUUCCUGCUGUAAUGUUAGCUAAUGGUUCUCAGAGUUGGUCAAGCCAAUCCCUUACUUCCCUUGAUUUUGAAUAAUGUUCUUUUUGUCCCUAGUUGCCCCUUUAGCCUUCUGUUAAUCAGUUGUUUGGCUAAGUCAGUAAAUUGUUUUGUCUCAUUUUUUAGCGACUUCUUUGUUAUAUAGGACUUCAGUACAGGAAGGAUGAUUGGCGAAAGGUGUGAGUUUGAUGGGCUUUAUUACCUUAAUUGCCACAAGUCCACUACAAUUUGUUUGGUCUCCGACUCUCUAGAUUUAAUCCACAGACGAUUGGGACAUCCUAGUUUAUCCCAACUUCAUAAGAUGGUAUCUAACUUGUCUAAAUUGUCUAAGAUUGUGAGUCCUGUCAAUUAGUGAAACACACCCGAGCUACUUUUCCAUGCAUUCCUUAUAAUCGUUUACUCUUUUUUUCAUUUAGUUCAUUCUUAUAUUUGGGGUCCUAGUUUUUAGUAUUUUUUUACUUCCAUAGAUGAUUACUCAAGGUGUACUAGGAUUUUCUUAAUAAAAGAUCGUUCUGAAUUAUUUUUCAUUUUUUAAACCUUUUGUGAUGAAAUACAAAAUCAAUUUGGUGUUUCUAUUCGCUCUUUUCCUAGUGAUAAUGCACGUGAAUAUUUAUCAUCUCAAUUUCACUAGUUUAUGUCUUCCCAUGGCAUUCUGAAUCUAUUCUUCAUUAGAAUUCAGACAUCUUGUUCUUAUACUGCAAAACAAAAUGGGGUAGCAGAGAUAAAAUUGGCAUAUUGUUGAGACUGCACGCAACCUUCUCAUACAGGCAAAUGUUCCAUUGCGUUUUUUUAGAUGUAGUGCUCACCUCUUGUUAUUUGACUAACCGUAUGCCUUUCUUUGCUAUUCAAAAUUGGGUUCCACACUAUGUUUUGUUUCCCAAGUCAACCCUGUUUUCUCUUCCACCGCGUAUCUUUGGAAGCUUAUGCUUUGUCCAUAUCCUCACCUCACUCCAGCAAACGACAAAUUAGCUUCUUGUGCUUUUGAAUGUGUCUUUCUCAGUUAUUUAAGGGUACAAAACAGAUAUCAAUGCUUCUUACCUCACCUCUAAUGAUACCUCAUGUCCAUUGAUGUUACUUUCUUUGAAGGUCAACCCUACUAUACAUCCUCUCAUGCUGAACAAUUAGGCAUUUUUGAGGUUCUACCGGUUCCAUCUUUUGGGGAUCCUACCAUUGUCUAUCCUUCCACAUCACCUUCUACAACUCCAUCUUCCGCCGCUGUUGACUUAUCAUCGUUGUUUAAGUUCAGAUGAUUCACACCUGCCAUUAGAAUCCUUGCCUGCUGAGGACUUGUGUAACUUGUCUACACAAAGUCCUUCCAUCGCCACUUGGAAAGGUAAUCGCGCUACUCUUAACCAUCAUUAUAUCUAUACUUGUUUGAGCUACCACUGUUUGUCACAUCGACCCAUUCUGCUUUUGUUUCAUCACUAUCAUCUGUGUCUACAGGAGAAGCUCUUUCUCAUCCAGGCUAGCAAUAAGCUAUGAUUGAGGAGAUGUCUGCCUUACACUUAAAUGGUAGUUGGGAACUUGUUCUUCUACCUUCAGUUAAGUCUACACUUGGUUGUCAUUGGGUAUAUACAGUGAAGGUUGUUCAUGAUGGAUAGAUUAAUCGCCUAAAGGCCCGAUUAAUGGCCAAGGGUUAUACACAGAUUUUUGGUCUUGACUAUGGUGCUACCUUCUCUCAUGUGGCUAAUAUUGCUUCAGUUGGUUUCUGCUUAUCCAUGGUCAAUGUUCUUCCAUUGGCCUCUCUACCAGUUGGAUAUUAAAAAUACCUUUCUUCAUGGAGACCUCAAAGAUGUGGUAUUUAUGGAGCAACCGCUUGCUUUUGUUGCUAAGGAGGAGUCUAGCAACAUGGAGUGUGCAAACUACAACCCGCACUCGGUGGCCUGUAAAAGAGUCUCCUCGAGCAUGUUUUGGGAAGUUUAAUAUGGUUAUUUAGUACGAAGUGAAUCUGAUCAUUCUGUGUUUUAUUAUCACUCUGCUUUAGGUUUAUGCAUGUAUUUGGUGGUGUAUGUUGAUGACAUAGUUAUCACAGGUAAUAAUGAUGAGGGAAUUACCAAAUUGAAACUUCGCCUUUUCCAGCACUUUCAGACGAAGGAUUUUAGCCGAUUGAAGUGCUUUUUGGUCAUUGAGGUUGCUCAAUUCGAAUAAGGAAUUGCCAUUUCCCAGAGAGUAUGCACUUGAUAUUCUUGAGGGGAUAAGGAUGACAGAUUGUAGGCCUAUUGAUCCUCCAAUGGAUUCAAAUGUUAAUCUCCUACCAGUUCAGGGAAGCCUUUUAGCAAUCCUGGAAGAUAUAGAAGGCUAGUAGGAAAGUUGAAUUAUUUGACAGUGACUUGACCUGAUAUUACCUUCUCGGUUAGUGUUGUAAGUCAAUUUUUGAAUUCUCCUUGUGACAAUUAAUGGAUGCAGUUUUUCGCAUUCUUUGAUACAUAAAUUUGCUCCGGGGAAAUGACUACUUUACGAAGACUAAGGACAUGAGAAAAUUGUUGGAUAUUCAGAUGCAGAGUAGGCAGGGUCACCCUCUACAAGACAAUCCACUAUUGGAUAAUGUGUUCUAGUUGGGGGAAAUUUGGUGUCUUGGAAAAGUAAGAAACAAAAUAUGGUUGCUAUAUCCAGUACAAAAGCAGAAUAUCCGGCUAAGGUGGUGGCAACAUGUGAACUCAUAUGGAUCAAGCAACUACUGAAGGAGUUGAAAUUUGGAGAUGGUAAAGAAAUGGAACUGGUGUGCGAUAAUGAAGCUGCACUUCACAUUGCAUCGAACCCGCUGUUUCACGAGAGGACCAAACACAUAGAGAUUGAUUGUCAUUUUGUCAGUCAAAAGUUAAUUCUUUGGAGACAUCGUCACAAGGUUUGUGCGGUCAUGUGAUCAGCUUGCAGACAUAUUCACCAUGUCCCUAGCCGGUCCUAGAACGAGUUAUUUAUGUAAAACAAAUUUGGUACAUAUAAUUUGUGUGCACCAACUUGAGGGAAGUGUUAGAAUCCUAUGAAUAUUCUAUAGCAUAUGUAAACUUUGUAGGUAGCUUGAUUUGCGCCUAUUAUAAUUAGGUAUUAAUUAGAUAUUGAUUUGUAUUGAAUAGGGAUAUUUAUUUCUAUUGACUUCCUCUUCUUUUAGGACAUGUAAACUUAGCUAUUUAAACCCCAAUUGCUUGAGGGAAUAAUCAAGCUAAGUUUUCUAUUAUGUCUCUUUCAAUUCACAACCAAAUAUAGCUUGAUUUACUCCUAUUAUAAUUAGGUAUUAGUUAGAUAUUGAUUUGUAUUGAUUAGGUAUUUAUUUGUAUUGAUUUCCUUUCUUUUAGGACAUGUAAACUUAACUAUUUAAACCCCAAUAGCUUUAGGGAAUAAUCAAGCAGAGUUUUAUCUUAUUUCUCUUCCAAUUCACAUGGUAUUUGAGCCUGGUUAAGGCCAACAACAUUGGAAGAGAAAUUUUCAAACUCAUUUUUUUCCGAGCUAUUUUUUGGCUGUCUGGACAGACCUCUAUUUUUGGAGGUGUUGUGAUCAAACCAACACCGCCACGAGACUCGGACCACCGGCGCGAGCAAAACCCAAUCAGCUUCGCCACCACCAGCCAUCUCACACACUGAUUGGAGCUGUCAAAUUCCGGUAGACAGAUCUAAUUUUUUUUUAUUCCAGUAGGAAAACCUGUCCAGUUGAUUCUUUUUCCGGAUUUCUGCGACUGUUUUUGUUUUCCAUAUUCUGGCCAGAACUGAUUUUUCCAACGACUGUUUCUUUUUUCCAUAUUUCGGCAAAUGUUUGCUUCCUGCAAAUUGCAAAAUUUUUAGAUCCGGUAACUUCAACAUUAUGUCCCUGACUUCAUCUAUAUUUAGUUCUAAACCAAUGGUUUCAAGUAACCCCAACCAAUCCAUCACCACUGAACUCUUGAUAGGUAGUGUGAACUACUUAUCUUGGCCUUCCUUUGUUCAACUAUGGCUCAAGGGUUCAAGAGCGCUUGGUUUAACAGGCUAAGGAUGUUGAUGAAAACGAGGAGGGUGAAUGUGAGUAGAUUAAUGUUCAAUUGUGCAGUCUCUUAUGGGAGGAAUCUGUUGAUUCGAAGUUGAUGCCGUUGUUCUGACCAUUCCAAUCUUGCUUCUUGGUUUGGGAAAAAGCUCGUGGGCUAUACACAAAUGACAUCUCUCGUUUUUAUAAUGUUAUUUCUUGGUUGACUAAUCUUAAAAAACAGGAUAGAGAUAUGUCUACCUAUCUUGGACAAGUUCAUGCGGUUAUGGAAGAGUUCACUGUGUUGAUGCUCGCUACUCCAAGCGUUGAAAAACAAUUGGAGCAACAUGCGAAAAUGUUUUUAGUUGUUACACUUGUUGGACUUCCAUUUGAUCUUGACUAGGUGUGAGAUCAAAUUUUGGCUAGCCCUGUUGUUCCUACUAUGGAUGACCUAUUUUCUCGAUUGUUGCGAUAGACUACACCACCUUUGUCGUCUAGUCAUCCGGUAAUACCUACAUAGUCUUCUGUUCUAGCAUCACAAACUGAAAAUCAAUAUGGAGUCCUCUCUGGAAAACCUCGGCCAAGGUGUGGUUAUUGUAACAAAUUGGGUCAUACUCGUGAUGUGUACUACUCUCUCCAUGGUAAACCAAAGAAUACUCAUGUUGCUCAGACUGAUGGUAAUCAAACAAAUCAACGUUUCUUUUUAUUUGAAGUAGAAUACAAUGACUUUCUUUAGUAUCAGGCGAGUAAGCAGGCAUCUCCAUCAAUAUCUUUCACUGCUUAGACGGGUACUCCUCUUGCUUGUAUCUCACGGUCCACACGCUUGGCCCUUGGAUCAUGGACUCGGGCGCUUCUGGCCACAUUUCUGGUAACAAAUAUUUAUUGACUAAUAUCAUUUACUCUUGGUCCCUUCCCACUGUAACAUUAACUAUUGGUUCUCAUACUAGGGCAGUCGGAGUUGGUCUGGUCAAGCCAAUCCCUUACUUCCCUUGACUUUAAAUAAUGUUCUUUUUGUCCCUAGUUGUCCCUUUUGCCAUCUAUCAAUCAGUCGUUUGGCUACGUCCUUAAAUUGUUUCGUCUCAUUUUU